AGCAGGCCAUUACUAGCGUGUUUGCGCAUCUCUACUCUUCCUCACGUUCAUAAUUUCACACCUGCAAUCUCAUCACUUGGCACGAAUGCAAUACCGUCCACGGCGCGUGGAAUGAAAGUGAGGUCAUCUGUGAAAGUCAUGUGUGACGGGUGCAGCGUUGUGAAGCGAAAAGGCAGAGUGUAUGUCGUGUGCUCGAAAAAUCCGAAACACAAGCAG